CGGCGCCGGGGGCGGGGCCCGCGGGGCAUUGUGGUCGCCGCGCCGCCGCCGCCGCUCGCCAUGUCGGGGUCCCCGGUGAAGCGGCAGAGGAUGGAGAGUGCGCUGGACCAGCUCAAGCAGUUCACCACCGUGGUGGCCGACACGGGCGACUUCCACGCCAUCGACGAGUACAAGCCCCAGGAUGCCACCACCAACCCAUCCCUGAUCCUGGCUGCUGCGCAGAUGCCCGCCUACCAGGAGCUGGUGGAGGAGGCCAUCGCCUAUGGCAAGAAGCUGGGCGGGUCACAAGAAGAACAGAUUAAAAAUGCUAUUGAUAAACUUUUUGUGUUGUUUGGAGCAGAAAUACUGAAGAAGAUUCCGGGCCGCGUCUCCACGGAAGUAGAUGCCAGGCUCUCCUUUGACAAGGACGCCAUGGUGGCCCGUGCCAAGCGCCUCAUCGAGCUCUACAAGGAAGCUGGGAUCAGCAAGGAGCGGAUUCUAAUAAAGCUGUCGUCAACCUGGGAAGGCAUUCAGGCUGGAAAGGAGCUCGAGGAGCAGCACGGCAUCCACUGCAACAUGACACUGCUGUUCUCCUUCGCCCAGGCUGUGGCCUGUGCCGAGGCGGGGGUGACGCUCAUCUCCCCCUUCGUGGGGCGCAUCCUCGAUUGGCAUGUGGCAAAUACGGACAAGAAAUCGUACGAGCCCCUGGAGGACCCCGGAGUGAAGAGCGUCACCAAGAUCUACAACUACUACAAGAAGUUUGGCUACAAGACCAUCGUCAUGGGCGCCUCCUUCCGCAACACGGGGGAGAUCAAAGCGCUGGCAGGCUGCGACUUCCUCACCAUCUCGCCCAAGCUUCUGGGCGAGCUGCUCAAGGACAGCACCAAGCUGGCGCCCGUGCUCUCAGCCAAGGCGGCCCAGGCCAGCAACCUGGAGAAGAUCCACCUGGACGAGAAGGCCUUCCGCUGGCUGCACAACGAGGACCAGAUGGCCGUGGAGAAGCUCUCGGACGGGAUCCGGAAGUUUGCUGCAGACGCCGUGAAGCUGGAGCGGAUGCUGACGGAACGGAUGUUCAGCGCAGAGAAUGGAAAGUAGUGUGGCGCCUGAGGCUGGACCGCAGACCGUGCUGUCUGUGAAUUGGGGUCUGAUUGCACAUGCCUUGCAAUGAAUCUUGCAUUUUUUACCAAUUGGAGCAGGGACGGAUCAUAGAUUUCUGAUUUUAUGUAAAAUUUUGCCUAAUGCAUUAAAGCUGUCACUUUUCCCGUGCCGUUUCA